CUCGACGACCAUUUCACUCCAAAACGACUCGGGUUCGCGGAGAAAUCUACCUUCUAUUCGGCAACGCAACGGCCAGGUGAAAGUCACACUCAGUGGGCAGCCAGGAUUAGAGGAUUGGCGGCACAUUGUGGAUUUAAGAAUUUGGAAGAAGCCUUGCUGGAUAAAUUUAUCAUGGGCAUGGCGGCGGGACGCGAGAAGGAUAAGCUGUUCGCCCAGAAUCAACUGGAUCUGACCCUGGCCAAGGCUAUCGACUUGGCAGAGAGCGUACGGUGCGCGCGCCGCGCCACCGCCGCGCAGGCUCCGGGGGCGAGCGCAACGGGCGCCGGCGCUGACGUGGCGGCAGCGGGCCCGGACUCCGUGUUCAACAUCUCCAAAAAAGAGAAAUGCAAUGUGUGCGGGUUUACCAAUCAUAAGACUAAUCAAUGCGGCUACAAAAACUAUAAGUGCAAAAAAUGUAAUAGGAAAGGGCAUUUACGUAAGAUGUGCACGUUCAAGGACGCAGUGAAAUUCGUGGAGGAAGGAUUUGAGGACGAAGGAGACGACGUCCUUACAGGCUAAAUAUUAUAGAGGAGUUCAGAGACCGAAUUUUAAAAUUAAUGAUAACGUGUGGCUAACUAAAUAUACAAAUAAUAAUAAGAAAAUCACUUGGAUCGAAGGUAUCGUAAAAAAACAGAUUGGAAAAGUUAUGUACCAAAUUUAUGUACCAGAACUGGACUGCGAGGUAACCAGACACAUCGAUCAAUUGAGGGCGCAUCCAUCCCCCAUACAAAGCGACAUCUCGCAGUGGGAUCCCGACGUCGUGCCGGACAUACCGUCGUC